AUAUAAGAGAAGAAGAAGAAGGGUUCGUUCAACUGUGUCACUGUGUGUUCCCUUCCCGCUCCAGCAGUCACUGGACCUUGGCAAUGGAAGGUGAAUCCUCUUCACGUUCCCCUGAUACCGCUGAAGGGAAAUCAACCACAACUCAUUCGAAUUCGCAUUCGCAUUCGCACAUUGAUCUUCUCAAGGACAAUUUCGUCACAAUCGAGUACGAAAACGGUAACAGGCUCUUACCCAAAAUCAUCAUCAGCGACGAGUUCUACGAGAAGCUAUGCGCACCCUGGAGAAAAACCCUGAUUUUCAAAUUACUAGGGAAGAAGAAGGGGAAGGAGAAGGAGAUUGGUUAUUUCUUGAUGAAGGAUAAACUCAAAGAAACUUGGAAAAUCCGGGCUGGUUUUGAGAUGAUUGAUGUUGGGUAUGGAUUCUACGCGAUCACAUUCGAUGAAGAUGAUGAUCGAGAUAAGGUUAUUGGAAAUGGGCCAUGGGUUAUUUUCAAUCAGCUUUUGACUGUAAGGUUAUGGAGUCCUGAGUUUGUGUCGUCGGAGAAUGCGGUUGAUAGAACCCUAAUUUGGAUUCGUUUUCCGGGUUUAAGUUUCGUUUUCCAUGAUGAGAGUGUUCUUUUUACUCUGGCUUCUUGUGCUGGUUGUCCUGUUAAAGUAGACCCUAACACUCUUAGGAUAACUAAUGGUCGAUUUUCGGGUAGGGUUUGUGUUGCUAGGGUUUGUGUAGAGAUAGACCUUAGUCUCCUAUUGGUAGAGAAUUUCUGUUUGCAGGAUCAUUGGUACAAAAUUGAAUAUGAAGGCAUGGACCUAUUAUUGCCCUCGGUCGUAGUGCGGCCGGAAGAGCCCCGCAUUGAAUUGAAGAGUUUCGAGAAGGUGGCGUCGGGCGAGGGUUGCUCCACCUCCGGCUCCGGCUCUAGGGAUGAUGGUUCGGUUUUUAGGGUUUAUUUUAAGGGUUUGGUGAGUGAGGAGAUUGUGAAGGGCCAGAAGGUGGUGUUUGGUGGGAUUGGUGUUGCGGUUUGCGAUGAGGAUGAUAAUUUGUUGCUGGAGGUAUCCAAGCCCCUCCUCCUUGGAAUUGAAACCAGUAGGGUCAUUGCAGAGGCUAAGGCUCUGAUAGAAGCCUUAGAUGCUGCCCACUCUUUGGAGCUGAAGCGUAUCGUCUACUUUUGUGAUUACUGCACUCUCUUACAAUUUGUAAGUGGAAAAUGGCCUGUGAAACACCAGAAGGUUGCUAUGCUAGUUAAUGAAGUGCAUCUACUUCAAAGAGAAUUUACAUACUGCAAUCCAAGGCUUGUGUCCAGAGAUGAUCUCAAGUAUGCAUCUAAGCUGGCAAGAGAUGCAAUUGUUUCUCAGUCCACAAGGCAUGCAGAAUCUGGCAGUAGUACAAAGAGUCUGAAUCAAACUUGUGUCAUUUGUUUGGAGGAUUCUGAUAUCAAUCAAUUUUUUUCUGUUGAUGGAUGUCAGCACCGGUAUUGCUUUUCUUGCAUGAAACGACAUGUGGAAGUGAAGCUACUCCAUGGAAUGGUACCAAAAUGCCCUCAUGAGGGGUGUAAUAAUGAACUUCUAGCUGACAGUUGCCGGAAAUUCUUGCCUCAUAAACUAAUUGAGACCAUGCAGCAACGAAAAUUGGAAGCUUCAAUUCCCGUUACCGAUAAAAUUUAUUGUCCUUAUCCUAGAUGCUCUGCAUUAAUGUCAAAAACUGAGGUUUUAGAGUACUCCAAAAAUCUUACUGGUUCUGAACCAGGACGCAAGAGAUGUAUAAAAUGUCGCCGUUUUUUCUGUUUCAUGUGCAAGGUCCCUUGGCAUUUUGAUAUGUCAUGUUAUAGGUACAAAAUGUUGAAUCCUAACCCUCCAGCUGAAGACCUGAAGCUGAAGUCUCUGGCAACAAGUAGUUUUUGGCGGCAGUGUGUGAAAUGUAACCAUAUGAUUGAACUUGCUGAAGGUUGCUAUCACAUAACUUGCAGAUGCGGUAAUGAAUUUUGCUAUCAGUGUGGAGCUGAGUGGAAGGACAAAAAAGCAACAUGUGAUUGUCCACUUUGGGCCGAUGACGAUGAGAGUGAGUGGGAAGAAGAUGAAGAUGUUGAUGAUGAUGAUGAUGAUUCAUACACUGAUAGUCCUGAUGAUUUUUAUUAAGUAACUGGACACUUGAUCUGGUUUACCUACUAUCUGGAUUUACAACCAGUAAAUAUUUACAUAUUUAGAUAUUGAUAAGCAAAAUGUCAUUGAUUUUAAUUUUCUUUCCCCUAAUUUUUCUUUUGAUUAUUGUCUCUCUUCCUAAACCCAAUGCAUUGUAGCCUAGUACUGUGCACCCGUCUUCAAAUAGUACAUUUCGAAAGAUUUUUUUUU